CCGGGCCCCAGCCCGCCCCCGCGCUGAGCGUGCGGAGCCGCGCAGCACGUGGCGCGUCGAGGCCCGGGUGCAGGGGCACCUUGCGGGGACCCGGACCCGAGCGGGCGUGGACGACCUGGCUCCCGGGCCUGAAACCGGUUGUCGCCGCACUGACCUCUGCAAGGGGCGGGCGAGUUGAAGCCAGCACCGGAGGGAGGAAGCUAUCAGCCAGGCAUAACCAAGAACGCCAUCACCAUGACAACCAGUCACCAGCCUCAGGACAGGUACAAAGCUGUCUGGCUUAUCUUCUUUAUGCUGGGUCUGGGGACGCUGCUACCCUGGAAUUUUUUCAUGACAGCCACUGCGUAUUUCACAAACCGCCUGGACAUGUCCCAGAAUGCGUCCUUGGUCCCUGCUGAACCGAGCAAGGACAUCCAGGCUUCGGCCAGCCCCUCAGCACCCUUGCCAGAGCGGAACUAUCUCAGCGCCAUCUUCAACAACGUCAUGACCUUAUGUGCCAUGCUGCCCCUACUGCUGUUCACCUGCCUCAACUCCUUCCUGCAUCAGAGGAUCCCCCAGUCUGUGCGGAUCCUGGGCAGCCUGGUGGCCAUCCUGUUGGUGUUCCUGAUCACUGCCAUCCUGGUGAAGGUGCCCCUGGACGCUCCGCCCUUCUUUGUCAUCACCAUGAUCAAGAUCAUGCUCAUUAACUCGUUCGGUGCCAUCCUGCAGGGCAGCCUGUUUGGCCUGGCCGGCCUCCUGCCCGCCAGCUACACAGCCCCCAUCAUGAGUGGUCAGGGCCUGGCAGGCUUCUUUGCCUCUGUGGCCAUGAUCUGCGCCAUCGCCAGUGGCUCGGAGCUGUCGGAAAGUGCCUUCGGCUAUUUUAUCACAGCCUGUGGGGUUAUCAUUUUGACGAUCGCCUGUUAUCUGGGCCUGCCGAGGCUGGAAUUCUACCGCUAUUACCAGCAACUCAAGCUCGAAGGGCCCGGGGAGCAGGAGACCAAGCUGGACCUCAUUAGCAAAGGAGAGGAAUCAAAAGCAGGCCACGAGGAGGCUGGAGUUUCAGCCCCCAACUCUCAGCCCGCCAAAGAAAGCCACUCUGUCUGCGCCAUCCUCCGAAAUAUCUUAGUCCCGGCUCUCUCCGUCUGCUUCGUCUUCACCAUCACUAUCGGGAUGUUUCCUGCUGUGGCUGCUGAGGUCAAGUCCAGCAUUGCGGGCACCAGCGCCUGGAGAGACUACUUCAUUCCUGUGUCCUGUUUCUUGACUUUCAAUAUCUUUGACUGGCUGGGCCGGAGCCUCACAGCCUUCACCAUGUGGCCUGGGAAGGACAGCCGCUGGCUGCCGAUCCUGGUGCUGGCCCGGCUGGCCUUCGUGCCCCUGCUGCUGCUGUGUAACGUCCAUCCCCGCCACAGCCUGCCUGUGGUCUUCGAGCACGAUGCCUGGUUCAUCUUCUUCAUGGCUGCCUUCGCCUUCUCCAACGGCUAUCUCGCCAGUCUCUGCAUGUGCUUUGGGCCCAAAAAACCGAGGCUGAAAGGUUUAAAGGCUGGAAAAAUAUUUUUUAAACUGCAAAGCACCAGUACGCGGGCCUCUCACUGCUGUGGCCUCUCCCAUUGGGGAGCACAGGCUCUGGACGCGCAGGCUCAGCGGCCAUGGCUCGCGGGCCCAGCCACUCCGCGCCAUGUGGGAUCCUCCCGGACCGGGGCACGAACCUGUGUCCCCUGCAUUGGCAGGCAGACCCUCAACCACUGCGCCACCAGGGAAGCCCUAAAGGAAAAUUUAAAAACAGUAUUCUCAACAGAUGCAGAAAAAUAAUUUUGAUACCCAUUCAGAUUAAGAUGUAUAACAAGUUAGGAGCAGAAAGAGAAAAUAUGCUCAAUGAUGAAGAGUUCCUUUUCUGAUCAGAAAGGAGACAGGGAUGCCCAGAAUCACCGUUUCCACACAUCAUUGUUCUGCUGGUCCUAGCUGGUGCAGUGUAACAAGAAAUAUGAGAUACAAGGGUUAGAAAGGCAGAAACCAAACUAUCAUUGUUCUCAGAUGAUAGCUAGGGUUGUAGUAGAAAACAACAAAAGACUGACAGACAAAUGAAAAAUUAAUAAGGUAGCUUACCAAGUUGUGGGAUCAAUACACAACAAUCGUUUUUUAAACUCUCCAGGAAACAGAAAAUGAAGGCAAAUUUCCAUGUGCCAUUGCAUCAAAAAAUAACAUACUAACAAUCAGAUGAGCAAAAGUGGUGCAAAGAGACAUGUCCCCACAGAACAUGGAAACUGAGGCAAAGAGAUGGAGCCCUGGUUGGCCAUGCAGACCUGCUCAGCUGUCCAACAUAUCUGAAUGUCAGGUCUGUUGGCCCAGGAGGAUGUCAGCUCAGGAAUUCAGAGAUGUAAGCCUGGUGGAACUGGGAAGACCAGAACUGACAGGGCACGCCUGGCAGGUGCUGAGCUUGGGAGGCUGCUUGUUCUGGGGGUUAAGGAGCCAGAGCUACUCCCCAUGCUUAAAUAGUCCCUGAUGUACUGAUGCCUCCGGUUGCUUGAUUCAUCCAUGGCCCCUUAUCUAAGCUCCCCUCAGUGGCCCCCUGACCUCCUUGAAAGGCCAGUGGUGCUUCCUAACUAGAAGUCCCAGUCCGAGCAGCAGCCGGAGGCCUCUGCCCAGGCUGAGUCUGUGCUCCCUCCGAGGCCCUACUUAGCUUUAGCUAGAUCAGGGGUCUGCAAAGCUUUUCUGUAAAAGGUAAGGGGGUAAAUAUUUUAGACUUUGCAAGCUAUACGGUCUCUGUCACAACUAUCAACUCCCUCAUUACAGUGUGAAACUAGCCAAAGACAACAUGUAAACAAAUAAGUAGAACUUGUUUCAUACUUUCCACAUGCCAAAAUAUUAUC